AUGAGAAUUUCUAUCUCCAGUGAGCUUGAAGUGCUCUUCCCGUAUCCCAAGAUCUAUCCCGAACAAUGGCAGUAUAUGUGUGACCUGAAAAAGGCACUAGAUGCCGGCGGACACUGUGUGCUUGAGAUGCCUUCAGGCACUGACAAGGCUCUUCAUGAAUUAAAAGCUCUAAUGAAAUACCGGGCGUCACAACUAGGCCAGACAGAAGACUUUCGUGGACUUGGGCUUUCUAGUCGAAAGAACUUGUGUCUGCACCCAUCCGUCAAACGCGAGAAGAGUGGGACGGUCGUCGAUGCUCGCUGCAGAAGUCUUACCGCGUCUUUCGUUGCGCAAAAGAAAGAACGGGGCGAGGAGGUUGAGACUUGCACGUAUCAUGAUUUACCAUACUGCAACGUCAUAAUCUACAGCUAUCAUUACCUUCUAGAUCCCAAGAUCGCAGAACGAGUAUCAAGGGAGCUUUCGAAAGACUGCAUUGUUGUUUUUGACGAGGCUCACAAUAUUGAUAACGUAGCCAUUGAAUCUCUCAGUAUUGACUUGACCGAAGAUUCGUUACGAAAAGCAUCGAGAGGAGCCAAAAAUCUUGAGAGGAAGAUUGAAGAAAUGAAGUCUUCAGAUGCCGAGAAAUUACAGUCAGAAUACACGAAACUUGUCGAAGGCCUAAAGGCCACCGAAGAAGCGCGAGACGAGGAUUUAAUCAUGUCAAAUCCUGUAUUGCCACAAGAUCUUCUGAGCGAGGCCGUCCCUGGAAACAUUCGUCGUGCCGAGCACUUUAUAGCAUUUCUACAAAGAUUCAUUCAAUAUUUGAUGACACGAAUGAAAGUCACUCACACCAUCAGUGAGACAACACCAAGCUUUUUACAACACCUGCGCGAGCUGGUGUUCAUCGAGGCAAAGCCCCUGAAAUUCUGCUCUGAAAGACUUACUUCUCUUGUCCGUACCCUUGAGCUUAUGAACAUCGAAGACUAUCAACCUCUUCAGGAAGUGGCCAUGUUUGCGACACUUGUCAGCACGUACGACCGCGGAUUUUUACUAAUCCUAGAACCAUUCGAGUCCGAAGCAGCCACAGUCCCUAACCCUGUGCUACAUCUUGCGUGUCUAGAUGCUGCGAUUGCUUUCCAGCCAAUCAAAGAACGUUUCUCGUCCAUAGUCGUGACAUCAGGUACCCUUACGCCUCUCGACAUGUUCCCCAAGAUGCUCAACUUUACCCCAGUGCUGCAAGAGUCUUAUACUAUGACUCUUGCCCGACGAUCCUUCCUUCCAAUGAUCGUCACUAGAGGAUCCGAUCAAUCACAGAUCUCUUCCUCUUUUCAAACGAGAAACGAUCCAAGUAAUCUGCGCAAUUUCGGCUCAUUGUUGCUGGAUUUUGCUAAAAUUGUACCUGACGGUAUUGUGGUCUUUUUCCCGUCCUACUUGUACAUGGAGUCCACAUUGCAUGUCUGGUCCGGCAUGGGUAUAUUGGACAUGAUUUGGAAUUAUAAGCUCAUCUUGGUCGAGACGCCGGAUGCCCAAGAGUCAUCGCUAGCUCUUGAGACGUAUCGGACUGCCUGCUGCAAUGGCCGUGGAGCUAUUUUGAUGUCUGUCGCACGAGGCAAGGUGGCAGAAGGAGUUGAUUUCGAUCAUCAAUAUGGACGCGCAGUUAUCUGCAUAGGUGUUCCUUUCCAGUACACAGAGUCACGUAUCCUGAGGGCACGACUCGAAUUCCUUCGAGAAAACUACGGCAUUCGAGAGAACGAUUUCCUUUCUUUCGAUGGACGUGUCAUCCGCGGCAAAGACGACUACGGAAUCAUGGUCCUAGCCGACAAACGCUUCGCUCGCAAACGAUCCCAACUCCCCAAAUGGAUCAAUCAAACCAUCCUCGAAAGCGAAGUCAACCUAAGUACUGAUAUGGCUGUCGCCACUGCCAAAAAUUUUUUGCGAACAAUGGCGCAACCAUUCAAGGCUAAGGAUCACGAGGGUAUCUCCAGCUGGACGCCAGCACAAUUAGAGGAACAGAUUACGAAACGGAAGAUUGAAGAAGAGCGGAUUGAGAGAGGGGAAGAACUUGUUGCUGCGCCACAGAGGAAUGGCGGAAAUGGCGUCGUUGGUGGACAGGCUGAUAAGGAUGAGUUUGAUGAUGAUAUUGACGAUGAACUAAUGAUGCUGGAUGCUUAA